AUGAGGUUACUUGGGACCAGCAUGCUUACUGCAUUUUUCAUCUGUAGCUUGUUCAGUACUAUCAAUGGACAGUUGGCUGCGAUGACAAUCGAUCUUGGAACUCAAUUUCUGAAAAUAGGAAUUGUGAAACCAGGAAUUCCAAUGGAUAUCGCACUCAACACAGAAUCACGGAGAAAAACACCGAAUGUUGUAAUGAUUCAAGACGGACACAGAACGUUUGCAGAUGCCGCAAUCGGCAUGCAAGUUCGUUAUCCCCAUCUUGUACAUGGACAAUUGAAUGAUUUGGUCGCUAAAUCUUCCGAACAUCCGUCUUUUGAGCUUUUCAAAAAGAGAAAUACGUUUUUCGAGAUUGACGAUUCACCUAGAAAUGCUUCUUCUGUUAAUUUCAAGCUUGGAGGAGAAAGCUAUUCUGUCGAAGCACUUACUGCCAUGAUCUUGGCAAAUGCAAAGAAGUUUACCGAGGAAUAUGCACAAGUUGUCGAAAUCAAAGAUGUCGUUAUCACCGUCCCGGUUUACUUCACACCUGCUGAGAGAUUGGCUGUUGAACGUGCUGCUCAAAUGGCUGGAUUCACAGUUCUUCAAUUGAUCAACGAUGGUACAGCUGCAGCAUUGAGUCAUGGUAUCUUCAGAAGAAAGGAAAUAACAGAAAAACCACAGAGACUGAUGAUCUACGAUAUGGGGGCAGCAAAGACGACAGCUACAAUCGUGGAAUUUAAACUUGUCAAGGAAAAGUAUGAGAAGGAGCCGAAGAUGACAGUUCUCGGAGUUGGAUAUGAUAGAACAUUGGGAGGAAUCGAGAUGACAAACCGAUUAAGAGAUCAUCUUGUUGAGUUGUUCGAGAAAACCUAUAAACCAAAAACCAAAGUUAAUACAAAUAAAAGAGCUUUGACAAAGUUCAAUAAGGAAGCUGAACGUCUGAAGCAAGUUCUGUCAGCCAACGCCGAACACUUCGCCCAAAUUGAGAGUGCUCAUGAAGACAUUGAUGCCAAACUGAAGGUUACUCGUGAAGACUUUAACCGUCUCAUCUCGGACUUGGAAUCUCGAUUCGGAGAACCAAUCGAACAAGCUUUGAGAAUGGCACAGAUCCCGAUCGAAGAUAUUGAUCAAUUCGUCUUGAUGGGCGCUGGAACAAGGGUACCGAAAGUACAGGAGAUUGUGCAGAAAACAAUAGGAACGAAAGAAAUUGGAAAGUUCCUGAACACCGAUGAGGCCGUUGCAAUGGGUGCUCUUUUCCAAGCUGCUCACCUCAGCAAAGGAUUCAAGGUCAAGCCAUUCAAUGUUGAAGAAAAAGUUUUGUUCCCAGUAGAAGUUCAUUUUGUCAGCAAAGUGAAGGACGAGAAGACCGAAGAGAUUCUGGGAGAGAAGAAUGUUGUCAAAACAUUGUUUGCUGCUAACUCUAUCUACCCAACCAAUCCAAAAACGAUAUCAUUGACUUCGUAUUCGGACGACUUCACUAUUGCUUUGAAAUAUGCAAAAAUUGAAAGUCUAACAAAAAAGCAGGUCCAAGAAAUAGGAAGCUUGCUUGACAAUUUGAUUGACGUCGAGAUCAGCGGACUUACGGAAGCAAUGAAGAAUCGAUCAAGCGAGGAAUCAGAAUUCAAAGGAGUCAAAGUUAGCUUCCUUAUUGAUGCUUCUGGAAUUGUAAGAGUUCGUAGAGCAGAGGCUUUGUACGAACCUAAAUCUGGAAUCGUUGGAUCUAUCGCCAGUACGAUCAGUGGAUUGUUUUCAUCGAAGACCGAAGAGGGAGAGCCAACUACAGACGAAGCAGCUGGAACCGCAGCAAAUGAUGAAAAACUUGAAGAAAGAGAGCCAUCUAAGACUCAAGAGGCAACACCAAAACCAGAACCUUCUGUAAACGCAACUUCAAACGAAACCACAAAAGCAAAUGGAACUGAUGAUUCUGCCACCACAGGAAACAAAACCGAAGUAAAAGAGAAGAAAAAGGAACUUCCUUCUAUUGUCAGACUUCGUAUCAUCAACAAAUAUCCAUCAGCUUAUGUCCCGAAUCGUUAUGACGUUGAGGAGGAAAAACGUCGAAUGGUAGCUUUUGCUGAAAAAGAGCGUCUAGCAGAUGAAAGAGCAGCUGCCGAAAACGAGUUGGAGUCAUUCAGUUUCGAAUGCUCUCAAUAUUUGGAAGAAAGCGAUUUCACCGAUUACACUUCAGACGAAGAAAAGCUGAAACUGGAGGAAUCUGUGAAGAGAAUUCGUCUCUGGCUUGAGGACGACGUAACGAAAGACACUCCAACUAAAGAAUUUACGGAUAACUUGCUCGAGUUGAAAAACAUUGUAAGAACUGUCAAGAAAAGGCAAGAGCAUGACAAAGCAGUGCCAGAGAAAAUGAAAAGCUUGCAAUCUCUUCUCGAAACUACUUUAUCUUUAACAACUCUUGGAAACAAUGUGGAUGAAGAGAAAGCUCUAUUCAAAAAGGAAGAUCGCGAUGCUUUGAGAACUAAACUUGAUAAGUUGAAAGUAUGGGUUGAAGAUGUUCAGAAGCAUUUUGAUACAAAGAAGAAAGCUGAUGAUUUCAACUUCACUGGAAAAGAUAUUGACUCAAAGAUAAAAAGCUUGAAUCGCGAAGUGGAUCGAUUCAUGAAGAAAAUGAAGAAAAUCACAACUUUAGAUGAUUUGGGAAAAGAUGGCAAAAUCAACAUCGAUGACAUUGCUGCUGAAGCGGAAAAGAAGAGGUCUUCGAAGGAAAAAACCAAGAAGAGCGAAAAGGUUGAAGAGAGUAACGCGGAGACAGAGGCUAAACAGAAGACAGAGCUUUAA